UUUGAGGUAUAAUUACAUACUUUUUUCUCAUAGCAGCUAUAUUCAUAAAGUAAUUUUGAACAAGUAACAUUUCAGCCCUUGCGUUGGAUUUCUAAAAAUCGGAAAAAAGAUAAAUAUUUCAAACAGAGCAAAAAUGCCAGACCAAGCAGAUUAUUCAUUUGCAAUUGGCCCAUGCCGUACCGGAUUACGCAUUUUUGGUUCUUGGCCAGAUCCAAUCAUUCCACUAACUCAAUUGGAUAUAUUUAGAUCUAUUAUUGUUUCCUUAACGAUCCUGAUAUUCGGAUUCAUUCCUCAAUUAUCGAUGGCUAUUAUAGUUGCAAAUGCUAGAGAUUGGAACGGAGUCAUCGAAAUUCUAACCACAGCAACUGUGCCAUUUGUAGUUUCUUUAACGAAAUUCAACGUCAGUUGUUAUCAACGAAAUGUAUUGAAGACUCUGACAACGAUGAUGAAAGAUGACUGGAAUGAUUACCACUUAGAUGCAGACUUAAAAUUCAUGCAAGAAAAUGCUGGCUUAGGUCGGAAAAUAUCCCAAAUAUGCUUGUUUUUAGCUUUGAGUGUAGUGAUACCUCAUUGUUUAUUGACGACAGUUAUCUACUUCGUGAAUUGGGGCGAAUACGGUGAUCUGUGCUUAAUAUCUUACUUCCCUUUUGAAACUAACCGACGACCAAACUACGAGAUCAUCUUAGUAGGACAAUGUUUUUCUCUGAUAUUUGGAGCCUCAACUCACGCAAUUAUUGACGGCUUCUUCUCCAUUUUGGUUCUACAUAUUUGUUCUCAAUUUAAAAUUCUUCAACGACAGUUAAGUCAACUAAUUGAAAAUUGUCGCGACGCUCAGCAUGAAAAAAGUUUUUUUGAGAUGUUACCUAAAAUCAUUGAUAGGCACGAUCAAUUAAAUAGAUUUGUAUCUUUAAUCGAUGAUUCGUUCAACCUUAUGUUUUUGGCGCAAAUAAUGGCAACUGCAACUUCUUUGUGCUUUCAAGGAUAUCAGCUUGUCAUGGUCACGAGUGCGAGUGAAAAUGGAAUAUCCGUGUUAGAAUUAACUCAGUUAGUCUUUUUCAUCGGUAGCUACUCAUCCAGUCUUUUUGUGUAUUGUUAUGUGGUAGAAAAGCUGAAUUACGAAAGCUACCAACUCGUUAAUACAAUAUUUAGUAGUGGGUGGUAUGACUUACCUUCGAGUGUAACAAAAAAUCUCAUGUUACUAAUGUGCCGUGCCCAAAAACCAUUGGAAGUGACAGCUGGAAAAUUUUGUUACUUUUCACUGGAAUUUUAUUGCAGAAUUCUAAAAUCAACCGGAGGAUACAUUUCUAUGCUUUUAGCUGUUAGAGAUCGAUUAGCUGAAGAAAAUCAAUGA